GGUGAGAGCGGCCAAAAGCGCACUUCAGCGGCGCUCAGUCAUUCCGUGUUUUCCUGAAUUCACUGCGUAUGUAAACGUGCCGGUAACUUUAAAAUCCGGACCAGGACAGUUCGUUGCAGUUGAGUCUAAGGAUUUUUUUUUACUAGAAAGGUGGCUUUAAUUUCAAGAAAGAAGAAUAAAAAGCAACAAAAGAGGAAGUGACAACUCUUGCUUUCCGAGAAAACCAGUGAAAGAUUGCUGAAUUGAUCUGCCCCUCAGAAAAAAGAAGAAGAAGAGACUAUCAAUCAUGUCUUAAGUCAGUGCAUCAUCAUGGGUCUUCAUACACAUCCCUGCCUUCUUUGUUGCCAAGUAAUGGUACCAAGAGGUCAGGAAGUCUUCAUCUUAUUCUCUGGAAAGUCCUUGUUCAUCCCUCACUGAGAAGGCAUCUUUUUUCUGCAAGUCCAAAACACAUAGAAGCAUGUUUCCGAACAGGUCAUGUCACAAUAUCAGUGAUAUCACCCUCAUUGUGAGUAAGGAUGGAAAUCCUGCGACAAGUAUCUUCAUGUUUCUGGCUGGGGUGGUGGGAAACCUCUUGGCUCUGUUCAUCCUUCGAGUCCACCAGAAGGAGCAGCGUUCCAGGUCUUCUGUCUUCUCCGUCCUGGUCACUGGACUGGUCAUCACAGACCUGCUGGGCACCUGCAUCCUCAGCCCUGCUGUGUUCAUCUGCUAUGCCCUUAACUUGUCACUGAUAGGUCUGGGAGGUGAACUUCUGUGUAACCUCUUUGGAUUUGCCAUGAGUUUUUUUGGCCUGGCACCCACGCUCAUCCUGUGCGCCAUGGCUGUGGAGCGUUGCCUGGCCAUCAGCUGUGCUUACUUUUAUUCUGGACACAUCCGUCGUAGCAUAGCCAAGUCAGCCCUUUUUGUUAUAUACCUCUUUUCUUUAGGUUUCUGCUUACUGCCGUUCUUCAGUUUUGGCAAAUAUAGACAGUACGCUCCUGGAACAUGGUGCUUUAUUGACAUGGAUGCAACAGACAAUGUCAAAUCAGCACUGGCCUUUUCUGUGACCUACUCUGUCAUCAUGGCAGCGUUGAUCUUGGCUGUGUUUGUUUGCAAUGGCUCAGUAAUUGUCAGCCUGUGUAAGAUGCAUCAGAGUCAGAUGAUGCGACGAGGCUCGGUCGGGUCGACAGGAAGAAAAAGAAAAAUGAGCCUGGCCUUUUUCGGACAGGGUGAAGAAGAGGUGGACCACCUGGUGCUCCUGGCUCUCAUCACUAUCAUCUUUGUGGUCUGUUCUCUGCCACUCACUAUCGCAGGUUUCAUCAACGCUGUUCAUCCAUUUUGUGAUGACAGUAACAAUCUGAGAGCCUUCCGCUUCUACGCCCUCAACCCCAUCGUAGAUCCCUGGAUUUUCAUCAUCUGCCGCAAGUCUGUGUUUAAGCACCUGUGCUCUCUGCUGAGCUGCCGCUUCAGCAAAAGAGCUGUGAAGACGACAACACGCUAUGCAAUGUCUUUACCCCUUGACAAUCACAUACAGCGCAACUCACCUGAUUCUGUGCCAGUUUCACAGUGCAACAUGUACCCCAGUAUACCCCUGUGACUCAACCAGAAACCCUGAGUGGUGCAGGGAGAUGGACUCAACGCUGGAAGAUGUGGAUUGAAAAAACAAAACAUAUUUAUAGAAUGGUACGACUCCUGCACUGAGCAACAUGAGGCACAAAGAUAUAAAGACAUAUGUGUCCUAAUGGAAAUAUUCUGUGUAUGGUCAUUAGUUUUUUAAUGGACUACUUUUGGAAAAAGUGAUUGCACUAGGUCUCAAAUGCCCUUGACUGAUGAAUGAAAUGUUUCAAUAUUGUGCCAUAAAACAAAUAGCACUGUAACUCAGCACUAGGAAACACAUCCAACCUUAUCAUGUCUGUGAAAAUUAUACUGUAAUAUCAGAAUACAUGCACUUGGGUAAAUGGUGUGGAUGAGUAUAUCCUGUCAUGUUCUCUCUGUUAACCAAGUAGCUUUUUUUCUUAGAGUAAACUCCAGGUAUCUGAAUGAUAGGAGGUCUCCACAUCUACCACCCUCACUGUGGUUAGGAUGACUUGAUUGCAUGGUUCGUUUUAGUUUUGGGUAUCACUGGCACAUCCAAAAAAAUGCAAUUUUUGUGUAAUUAGUGACAGGGUUGGACCAUCCAAAAGAGAGAUUCAUUAAAAUAAGAUGUGUCGCACAGAUAAUGUCAUAUUUUUAAUAGAUAUUGAACUGGCCAGUUGCAAGGCCAAGUUUAAAACUGAGUAUAAACCAUAAUUGGGUUUUAAUGUUGAGCAAUCAGACAUAAUUGUAUUGUAGGCUUUCUGAAACACAGCCCUUACUGUCCUUGUCUAUACAGAAGUCUGAGCUCUAGUUGUGCUGCAUUUACAUGUAAUGGUUUUUGAAGUGCUGUUGCUUGUGGUGCUUGCUUUUAAAGUGUGCUUGUAAAAGUAUGUGACUUAAAAGCAUGAAAAAGUAUUGUUUAAGAGCUCAUUUAAAGUUAACACUGCUUUUUUUGAGCUGUAAAGCUGGAGAUUAGUAGCAAAAUAGAUGUACAUUAGAAAUAUUCUAAAGUGUGUCUCAUGUUAGAGUCAAUCAAGGUUAAAAGUUGACGUCCUGUCUGUGAUGUAUUAAAUGUAUGGCUGCUCCUGUCUCAUAUGCCACUGCUUUUUGAGCUACCCGUGAUUGUGUGUGAAACUCUUGAAGAGCCUCCUUUAUGCUCUUGAUGCACUGUCAGAAUGUAUCGUUUGUUAUGAGUCUAAAGCUGUAACCGUGUUAAUAGUAACUUAUUUACACCCCUUCACUAUAAAAUAUGGUUGUGUCUUGUGAAAAUUGUCUUUUUUUGGUCAACUUUGUAAAGUGUUGGUUUCUAAGCAUAAAAGACAGUGAGUCCAGUUUUAGGCCACAUUUCAGUUGUGCUUUAUAGCCAUUAAUGCUCAGUCAUGCUUGGCUUGACUUUAGAUGAGUUACCACUUGCACAUUGUGUUCUUUGAGGGUACGUCUGUACAUAUUAUCCUCUACUCAAAUGAAAGAAUACAUACAUUUACAAAAAUUGGUACACAUUUUGUUCAUGUUAAAUAAAAUGUCCUGAAGAAAAAUUGCCUCAAAACCCAAAGAGGAGUUUGUUUUGGUUUAGGUAAAUGUUCCAGGUCAUGGGUUACAAAAUGAAAUUAAAUUCAGAGUGUGUUUGAUUUAGUGAAAAUGAAAGCUUACAAAUUGCCAUAGAAUUUUAUGUUGUUACAACUACAUUUCCUAUUAAACUGUGGAUUUCUAUUUUCAUGGUGACAGUUAAAAGAACAAUUGCCCACAGAGAAGCAAAAAAAAAAAAAGGGAAUUUAUGUGAUGAAGCCUGAUUAAAGAGUCUAAUUUGAUCAAAGCAUUAUACUGAUUAAAUUCCAUUUUCUGUUUAUGAGCAUAAUGCUUCCUUUGGAAUCUGUAAGUAAAUGGUCUGGAGCUAAAUGACUGGAUUAUAACAGAGGAGCAUUUGUUGCUGCAGUGCCCCUCUGUGGUGAACUAAUGUAACCUUCAACAUUCAAUUCAACUUUGUCCUCAGGCAUUUACUUGUAACAGCCAAGAAGAAGCCAUGAGGAUUGUUUUAAAAUCAGCACAACCUUGACUUUCUUGCCAAACUGCUUUAAUCUUAAACUGCACAACGUACCUUUGUGUCUGCACAACAUACCUCCUGAGGGAUUUGAG